AUGCUGACCGUGGUGGUAGAAGUGCAGCAGAGGAGGGGAUCAGGCUCCCAGGAGACCCAGAGCCCUACACUUCUUGUAGAAGGACCCAAGAGCCUUCGUCUGCUUCCGCCGGGGACUCAGGAGACUCUGGAGACUCAGGAACAACGUUUCACCUUUGACAGAGUCCUGGGCCCAGACACUGCUCAGGAGGCCGAGCAGGAGCUUUUGGCUAGAGUCCAGUCCACACUGGCCUCUGUGGGCUGAGGGUACAGUGUAGCCCUGUUGCUCCAGGGUCGGGAAACAGAGGCACCUCGGCUGUGUCUCAGGGGCUUCAUCAAUACCCCCAAAAUCAAAAUAGGUGCCUCAGAACCUUGCCAUCUGCUGCAGAUGCUGUUCGAGAAAGCUCUGCCCCUCUGCCACUCUGAGCAUGUACUUAGUACUCUUAGCUUGGUGCAGGUCAAGCCUACUGGGAAGAGCCAGGACCUGCUCUCCCCAGAACUGGAGGAUCUGUCAGUACUGGAUGUAGCCCCUCUGGGCUUGGCCUGCUCUCUGCUUACUCUCACAGUGACCUGGCCUGGGCCUGACCCUCCUGAGAGGCCUGGGACCCAGCACAUGUGGCGAGGUACCCUGAGGAUCUUGCAGCUCCCAGGAGACCAGGACUGCCCCCUGCUGCGGGCAUUGGCUGGUGAGGUUGCUGGUAAGGAGCUGGAGGGCUCACUACACUGGAUUGUCUCCUGGCUCUUGGAUGGAAACAACUACAGUAGACUACUUCUUCGCCUGAAUCCCCAAGGUAGCUCCCUGAGUUUGCUCCAGGCUGCUCUGAUGGGGGCCUCAGGAAGGAGAAUGCAGGUGAAACAAGUGAGGCCUACCCUCUGGGAUGCAAUAGAAGAGGCUCAAGCUCGGAGGGCUAGCCUGAAGAUCCUGCAUUUAGGCCUCCUUGGAGACACCUUGACAGAUAGUGGGCUUAACCAACUAGGCAGGGCACUUCGGGAGCUACAGGUGAUAAAAGUCUGGAAACAGUGCCCAAGAAGCCAGAUACCCAAAGGGACUAAAGCUGAGACCAUGGGGCUCCCAAAACCACAGGUCAAACUUUGCAACCCACAGAAGUAUUGUAAGCAAGGAAGACAACAUGGCUCCCAAUUGUCAGGUGAGAAAACUAAGACUCAGAGAAGAGAUGUGAGUAGCCCAGAGUUGCCAGCACAAUCAGAGGUCACAGAGGUGCAAUCACACUCAAAUCCUUGCACUCCUAAUCUGAAGUGUAAUGCUCUUUCAUCUCCUUAUGCAUGGCCCUUUCUUGUGCAGAAGGGGGCGCUGUCUUCCAUGACUUGCUGCAGGGUGUUUCCUGGUCCUUCGGCCCAGCAGGUCCCAGAUGUGGCCCUGCAGUUCUUUCUGGCCCAUGCCCAGAGGCAGAGACUGCAAGACCAGCACCAAAUUUGGAUUCAAGAGGAGCUGAAGCGUUUGGAACAGGAGGUGGGAGGUGAACAGGUCAAUGGCCUGAUGGCUGAAGAGAAGGCCUCUGAGAACAAGAGAUGGCACUGGGAGCAAACAGUGCUGAGACUCCAGGUGGAGGCCCUGCAGGCAGAGUGGGACAUUGCAGAACAGGACCUAGCAGCCCUCUAUGACCUGCAUGUGCAGGCCACCCAAGCUCGGACAUGCCAUAUACUGCAGGUAUUCUGAGCUUGGCAGGGAUUAUGGGAGGAGCAGGCCAUGACCACAGAGCACUGUCAUCGCAGCUUGCUGGCAGCUGUCCUGCAAGAUACUAUUGAUCUGGCUUUGAAGAACCAGGAGCUCCAAGCCCAGACUCAGCAGCUUCAGCAGGAUGCACAUGAGGCUGAGGCAGUCAAGUUGCAUUCCCAUCCUGGGGAGAACCCUGAUCAGGAACCUUACGGGGUGGUUUCCUUCUUCCUCACUCUUGAAGGCCCUUGAAGGGAGAGGAAGAUGCAGACCCUCAUUCUAGAUAAUUACCACCACCACUAACCAAAUAAUCAUGUCUCAUUGUGCCAGUCCCUGAUAAAUGCCUAACAGCUUUCAUUUCAUGUUGCAUUUUCAGCUGCUCUAUACUGUAGGUACCAUCUGAUCCUCAUUUCAGAGAUAAGGCAACUGAAGGCAGGAGAGGUUAAGUAAGUGUCCAAAGACAGCUAAGUAGCAGAGGCAGAAUUCAAAUUUGACCCUGGCCACAGGUAAUACCACACAAAGAAGUGGGUCACAAACUUUAGUGUGCAUCAAAAUUACUUAGGGAGCUUUUUUUUUUUUUAAAUGUUUAAUAGUCUUCAUUGAUGGCUCAGUUACAUCUUACUCUAACCCAGAUCCUUACAUAUAAAAUGCUGGGAAAUAAAUCCCUGCUCUGCCCAAGUUCACCCUGCUGGAAAGAGACAUACUAAAACAUCCGAGAACUUCCCCACUCAAGAGCACUUCAUGUGUCCCCUCAAUAUGAGGUGUUUGUGCCCAUGUGCAGUGUUGAUGUGAGGACCAGAGCUCAAGGUCCUUCCUAGGAUCCUCCCAUCAGGGUCUUUUUGGCCAAGGAGGUAAAGCCUCUCCGCAGGGCCUCCAACUCCCGUGCACAGAGAUUCUUGCUUAGGUGGCCGCAGUGGAGACCUUUGCGCACCUGCUGAACGCCAUUGCCUCGGCCCUGCAAGCUGCCAGGCGGUCAGGGCAGGCGUAGACAACUUCUCACAUGUUCUAGUCGACAUGGGCAGCUCUUCCCUAGGGAUUUUAAAAACCCCACUAAGAUUCUGCUUCAAUAGGUUUAAAAGGACAGAUGACCACAGGAAUUAUCAGUGAGGGAACCAGAGGAAAUGAGAAAUCAAAACCACAUUAGUGGUCUUAAGCAUUUUCUAGCCUAGUCUAGUUUGUCCUACUUUGCAAAGUACCUUCUAGUCCCAAGACUUUCUGGCUUCCCCAGGGUUCAAGUUUUAUGCUUCAGAAAAAUUUCAAAAGCUGACAGUAAAGUCUCGGCUCCAUGGAGCUCCCAAAGGAAGUAAUGUCAUUUCCAGCAGCUGGGAGGAAACAACUCUUUCUCUUGGUCUAGAAGUUACUCUGGAAUGAGAUACUCAGGAAACUAGGAAAUAAAACUUACAGGUGAGCUGUGCAACACAUAAGACACAGGACAAUUGUGACUGGUUGUAGGAAGCACCCUACACCUACACUUUAUUAAGACCUUAUUGCUUCCACAGUUAAAGACACUGAUUAAACUAUAGACAUUUUCUGUACCUGGUUCUAGGUCACUCUGUGCAGAGCUUCCCCAGGCUGUUGGGAGUUAGGACACUACUGGUCAGGCAGGACCCAGAAUGAGAAGGAUGGUACCGCCUAAGAGCCUUAGGUGGCAUCAGACUUCAAGAGGGCCCUUGGGUAAGCAGAGGGAUCAGGAGCAUAGACUUAAGCCAGGGCCCAGGGGCAACAAUCCCUGAGAUAAGUCAACCCCCAGUCCUCUCUGGGGUUUCCAGAACAAGGGCUGGGAAUGGGAAGCAGUGCUGUGGAGGGGGCGGGGGACAUGUUUCCAGGCACUGCUAAAGCUGGGGGAGCUUGGCAGACAUUUGGGUAGUUAUAUGAUUUGUGGUAAUUGGGCCUUCCUGCAUGACUUAGGAAAGUCAUGCAUGGAGGCUGGGCUGGAGCAGCCAGCACCAGGCCUGGGGGCAGUAGGUUGGGUGGGUGGGGACCACAGCAGAGAAGUAAAGCCACCUGUCACCCACACCCCACUUGAAACAACUAUAUUUAUGUAGGAUGAGGCAGGGAGCUGUCCCCAUCAGGGAUGGGUAUUGAUGCUCCCAGUUCCUUAGUGUGGAAGAACACAAGGGUCGGGUAGGUGGUGGUGUUUCCUUAACCAUACCCACUUUUCAUGUCUCCUAGAGUUACUCCUUCAUCUAUCCACUUCCAGAGUCCAACCUGACUGUUCUCACUUCCCCAGCUUUUCUCACAAGGCACUUGUUAAAGGGCUGCUGGGCCAAAGGGGAAAAAGGUCUAGGAGGUGGCUCUGGUGGCGGCACCUAAUCUACAGGGUCAGGAGCGGGAGUGGAGGUGGUCAGGGGCUAAUGGCUGCCAUAGUAUAGGCGCACAGCUAGACCAAUGAGCAGUGUGGCCAGGAAGAAGGUGGCUGUGAGCUGCAGCCGUAGUAGGGCUG